GUAACCAACAAAUUGAGAAUGAAGCAAGCAAUCAAAGCAACGAUCAAAUUAACAACGAGCCGGGCGAUCAAAUUAACAACGAGCCGGGCGAUCAAAUUAACGAGGCGGGCGAUCAAAUUCAAGAAGGAAACAAGAUAGAAACUCUUAAACAAAAUGAAAGUGCACUUAACAAAAAUAUUGAAGAAAAUUGGAAUAGCAAACAUGAUCAAAGUAAAAACAGCAGUGAGAUCUCGAGUGGUGAGAACUACAAAGUAACAAGCUAUGGCACCGAACAAAUCAUUCGACAGCAUAAAUUCCACAUUCAUAGCUCAUGGUUAGGCGUACAGAGUUCCUACUUCCGUUCCUUGUUUUCCUGUGGGAUGAAGGAAUCGAGUGCCACUGAAAUUCAUAUUCAGAUCUUGGCAAGCGAGGAGCAAGCUCACUUGAAGUUACUGGAAGCAAUGUACAAGAUCGAUAUUUUAAACACUUCCAGUGCCAACGAACUUCUCGAAGUUUUAAGACUUGCUCAUAAAUAUGAUGUCAAAUUUGUUUUCAAGAAAUGCAAAUACUGCUUACAGGCUGCAGUGGUCUCUCAUAAAAUUUGUGAGAAGAUUAUGUGCUUUAUUAAAGUUGAUAAUACGAUCACCGAUGUUGAAGAUCUUGCAAGCACACUGCAGUCCUUUCUUGCAAAAGAAUUCAGCCCUUUAGAUAAAACAUGGCAGACAACAAGUUUUCAAGAACUGUGCGAGCCAUCAAUACGGUAUCUUCUAAGCAGUGAUGAACUGGCCACAGAAAGUGAGAAUACUAUUUUUCAUGCAUUAAUGUAUUGGAUCAAACAGCGUGGGCUUCCCCAUCUCUUGGAAUGUCAAAAGAUCCCAUCCCUGUUGUCUGUUGUAAGAUUUGAAUUGAUUCCUAUUGAUUACCUAUACAAUAUUAUACAGCACCAUUCUCUUGCGAAGAAGCUACCAGAUUUCAAUGAGCAUUACUUAAGAGGGAUCAGUUAUCAUGCUCUACCAGAUUUCAUGAAGAAACAGCUGCCGCGUCAACCAGUGAAAAGGAAAGCUAGUACAGAGUCAUUCAUUCCCUACACAUGGGUGAUACCAAGAGAUGAGUUGGAUGAGUUGGUCGGAACUGACGAAUCACUCAAAUCAGAUGAAUUUUGGUACUGUGGUUAUAGAAUGGUCCUAGUAAUUAAGCAUGUUGUCGGCAUACCUUCGAUGAGAUACAACCUUAGUAGACACAGCAAAUCAAUUUCCAGUGCCACACUUUCCCUAACAAUUACUGACUUAAUUGAACAGAGUGAAGUUAAGAUCCAAUGGAAGCUAGCAAGUCAGUCUCUUACAUCAAAUUAUUGUACAGAACACAUAUUUAAAAAACAUGGAUGUACGUCCAAUGUUGAUGUGGAAUAUGAAAUGGAAAUGAAGCCUGAAGAAUCAACCGCCUAUCAAACGAAAGCUAAUGGCUGUGAAUGUCCUUUUGCAGCUGAAGGUAGAAAUAAAAGUGGUAGAUCCCUUUCCCACAAAAGAAAGAAAAAGGCUAGUCGUUCCAAGUCUACGGCCUGCUUGUCUAUUCAAGUGAAAAUGAAUCUGGUAUAA